GAUGCUCCUAGCCUAUCCACACACGUGAAGGUCAGAAUUUGCAGUGAAUCGUUGACCAUAAUUUUAUAAUUACCGGUGGUGAAAUUUAUAAACGAUAACUGGAUUACCAUGGACAACCAAGGAGCAACGGCAGAUCCUCAGCUUCAGCAAUUCAUUGAAAUCGAGUCCCAAAAACAAAGGUUUCAGCAGUUGGUUCAUCAGAUGACUGAAGUGUGUUGGGAGAAAUGCAUGGACAAGCCUGGGCCCAAGUUGGACUCCCGGACAGAGAUCUGCUUUGUAAACUGUGUAGAGCGUUUCAUUGACACUAGCCAAUUCAUCCUGAACAGACUGGAGCAGACUCAGAGGAGUAGAGGCACAUUCUCAGAAUCCAUGUCUGAAUAGUCUAACAGCAACAUCCUCGACUGGAUGGACUGACAAAAGCCAAAAAUGUGGCUUACAGCAAUACUGGCUUUCUAUAUGGUGCAGAAAUGUCCAAUAACCGGGGGAGGGGAAAAUAAGUGCCUCGGUUUUGAUACUUGUAUCAUGUCACAGAUUAAAAGUCUUGGCCAUUUUCUGUCACUUUGCCAGACACAAUAUUUAGUAAAUGCAGUAAUAUCCCAAAAUUCUGGUUGGUAGCUAAUAACUUUGUAAUUGUGUUUCCUGAACAAUAACCCGUCACAUGUCAGUCAUAUCAUGACAACUACGACGGGAGUGGGACAAAGGUUGCUGCUUAAGGGUGUACGGAGGAUCUGGGGCUUCAAAAAGAACAAAACAUCUGGGAUAUUAAAUUCCUCUCCACUGUGUCAAGUCACUGUAUUUCAUGACAAUUUUUGUUAAAUAUCUUGUUUGGUAAAAGGCACUUUUACCUAAAGUACAACUGAAACUAGUGUUCUAUUAUAUAAUAAAGG